AGAUCGAUUGAACGCGUCUCUGGAAUGGCUUGUUUUGAUGACGUCAAUCUACUGCGACAGGCCUCUGUCUGCAUUAACAGCUCGGUAUAGUGUCGCGAUCAGAAUUUGCUACAAUUGAGGCCGCUGUUUACACUAUUAUUAUGUUAUGUGCGAAUUUAAGUUGCACCGGUUAUGGGCAGCUCCAGUCGUAAGCUUUGGGGAAAAUUGUAAUUGUUAACGGUUUAUUUUAAAUAGUUACUUUCAUGCUAACCGGCUAAUAUUAGCAAGCGGAAGCAGGCCCGGAGAAGAGUUCACCACUGUUUUAUACCAGCGACGCCAGGUAACAACUGCAGAUGAGACUCACACAACGGUUGUUGCUAAAACUGAACAUUAAUUUAGUUUAAUUUUAAACCUGUGCUUCUUUAAAUAGAUCAUUUACAAACGUUAUCGUAGCCUGUGACUCCAAUAUAAAGCAUGAGUUCCAGGAGGGCAGGCUAUGUUGGUAACAUGGAUCCAUCUCAGUCAAAUAGCGGCUCAGGCCAAAGUGGAAAUCGUAAACAAAACAUAAUAAAUACUGACAGGACCGGGGCAGACUCCUGUUAUGAUCGGAAGCCAGAUAAGGCUAUAGGAUACGGGGUUUCUCAGGGAAGUAUGACUGUAACGACCCUGAAGUCUCGCCUUGCACCGACGAUUCAGACUGCCAUGUCCACUGCAGUGGACACUCUGCUGGGAGAAGUGGUGCUGGUGCUUAACGAGACCCAACAGGAGUUGCUGCACAAGGAGCAGGAGAACGAGAGACUCAAAGUGCGGCUGGAGGUGUCAGAGAGGGAACUGAAGACCCUGCAGGAGUGUCUAUGCAACGCACAGAAGCUCAUCGACCAGCUGCAGAUCUCGUACUCAGGUCCCAGCCAGUCGGUUUUUGCUCCGCCUCUGUCUUCCAUGGGAUCAAUGACCUCAGGUCUGGAUCGGGAUCACCAGAGUUCCAGAAAUGUAAAUGGACCCGGUGUUGAUCUGGGUCUUGGCGGCUCCGUUGAUGAUUCACUUCAUGGGUUUGAGCCAAGAGACGACUACAAAAUGUGUCAGCUCUCGAUCCAACCAGACGGCUCAGUGACCACCCAUCCUCUGGACACCUUUGGAUCCAACACGUCUCAUAUGUGUUCAGAUUCCAACAGGCAAGAUGACCGACAGUCUCAGGCACCUGGUGGACCCCCCAGGUUUGAGAUCAAAGAGGAGCAGGGAGCCCAGCAGCCCAGCAGGAAGGACUCUGGUCUGCGCGAUGACAACAGAGUUGGCGAUGGAGAACGAUCAUCUCACAACGUAGGUGACCUUGUUUAUGUACAAGUUGGAGAGGGAGGUUCUCAGCGUCCCUAUACUCAGUCUUUGGGCCACCAAAGACCUGUUCGAGAAUGCCGUAAUGCCAUGGAGCAGGGAGGACUAGAUUCUCACAAAGCAUUGACGAGGACGGCAGUAUCGGGGAGAGGAGAUGGAGUUUCACCAGGCAGAGCGGAGGAAUCCGCAGGACCUUCAGCCUUGGACACACCCGUGGACCCCUCUGGAGACAGACCCCACCACUGCUUAGAGUGCGGAAAGACUUUCCGUUUAAUCUCCAGCCUGAAGAAGCACAUCCGCAUCCACACGGGGGAGAAGCCUUACCCCUGUGGAGUGUGCGGACGCCACUUCCGAGAGUCAGGCGCUCUGAAGACUCACCUGCGUAUCCACACGGGGGAGAAGCCUUACUCCUGCUCUGAGUGUGGCAACAGUUUCCGACAUCUGGACGGUUUGCGCAAACACAGACGCACGCACACAGGAGAGAAACCCUACGUGUGUGCCAUCUGUGGGAAACGUCUGAGCCGGCUGCAGCAUCUCAAGCACCACCAGCUCAUCCACACCGGAGAGAGACCCUGCUGCUGUCCCUUCUGCAGCCGCAGCUUCAAGGAGCCCGCGGCGCUCCGAAAACACAUCCGAACCCACCGAGAGGAAAGUGGACACAUGGGAGUCGGAGGCAAUGAUGAAACCGAUCCAGACGCUAUUGACGACAUUAACAACCUCCACCCGGCUGCUCCGUCUCCUCAGAUGAGAUUUGGGGAGUGGGGUGCAGAGGAAGAGGACAACUCAGUGGUGGACUGUGUUUGAUUGCAUCUUCCACUGUCAGUUUAAUGUUACAGUUAAAAAAUGUUUUUUCCAAUUAUUUCCAUUUUACAUGCACACAAUGUCAUUUCAAGUCCAAUGCAACAUGAACCUGUUCCUUAUAUGACACCACAGUAUCGAUUAGCGUAAACCUAGUUUUCGUAUGACAGUGGCAUACGUGGGUAAGUAUAAAAAGUUUUAAUAAUUUUCUUUUUAUUAAUUAACAACGGUAUUUCUUUAUAUAUUCUAUGCACGUUACAAGUUUAAAGAUCCCGUACCUGUGGAAGUAUUUUAUUUUCACAGGUUAAUUUCAGCUAGAGGUUCUGGAGCACAUUCCUACAUUUCAAUUUAAUCGACUGCUGUGUUUCCCCGUUCCCCUUUUUUUCCUCUUUGUCUGACACAUUAUCAGCAGCCAGCACAAGGUUUAUGUUUUGUGGACAAACUGGUGAUCGCAUGUGCAUGUGACAACAAACACGACUGCGCGCGUUUGUGUAAAUAAGAAUAUACUUUGAGACGUUUUAUUAGUUGACGUGAGGCUGGACUGACGGUUUGUGGAAAAGUUAAUGUGCGACACAGACUGUAGAGGAUGCUAACGAACUGUAAAUAUCUCCUUUUUUUUCAUCUCAUAUGACAGGACUAUCAUGUUUAACUGCAAGGUACUAUUUCAGUUCUGUGGAUCUCAAGUCUUCUGUACCGUUCAAACAACAAUAAUGUAAAUGAGC